UGGCACUGUACGUAUAUAAAACUUUUGAUAUAAGAACAAAUAUUCACAUUUAAAAUUUAGAAAUCCAUAUCACGCAUGGGCGUUGCAACGAACCGAAUCGGACGUCUAUAUUGAUAUUAAAGUGUUGAGCUUUUGAUUUCUUCCUGCUAGCUAUUCUUUGAAAUCUCACCACAGCUGUAAUUGAUGUAAGUCUUUGUGCCAAAGCAGAUAUACGCACCAUAUUCCUGAUCAAAGUUGGACAAAAUAUUGUAUUUUUGGAUAACAACGCGCGGAGAGUUUUUGGAAUAUGGACGCUUCACCAGAGGGUAAUACCAACAAGGAUCCCAUUCCCGAAGAACUCUCGAUGAAGCAAUUAUUAUGCAUAUGGCCGGCGGAGAGACGUCGACUAUUCCUUCAAGAAAGGAUCAAACUAUUGCCAGCAACUAUAAAAAACCGAAUCGUUGCUUUGAAGAAUCUACAGUAUGAAUAUUUAAAAAUAGAAGCUCAGUUCUAUAAGGACUUGUACAUGCUGGAAAAAAAGUAUUUUGAAAAAUACCAGCCACUAGUCGAUUUGCGUGCCCAAAUAGUUAACGGCAAUGUCGAGCCGCCAAACGAAGAUCCCAAAUGGAAAGUUUUUCCUGGCGUAGAGUCUGAAAAUGAUAAUGAUCAGAGCACUAAUAGUGUAUCAGAUGAAGAAGAACCGAAAGAAGAAGCUAAAACAGACACGAAGAAGCUAGAAACUUCGAAAGGCCUAAAGAACUUCUGGCUAGAGGCCUUCCGCAACACAUCUACACUAUCUCAAUUAGUUCAGGACCAUGAUGUGCCAGCACUUGAAAAACUUCAGGAUAUACGCGUUCAGUACUUUGAUGAUUACUCGUUCUUGCUAGAGUUUCAUUUUGCCAAAAACGAUUUUUUCUCGAAUCCCAUUUUGACAAAGAAAUGCUUUUUAAGGGCAGUAGUCCAUCCUAAAGAUCCCUUCGCUUUCGAGGGACCUGAGCUGGUUAGGUCCGAGGGUUGCAUUAUCAAAUGGAGGAGUUCUCUGGGCUUAGUGAGGAAGAUCAUGAGAAAGAAGAAAGACCAUAGUACAACCGAAGUGAUUUCAAGGGAGUCUUUUUUUACCUUUUUCAACUGGUCGCACAUUGAUUUUGACGAAAAUGACGCUAUGUCAGAUUUUGUUGUUGGAAAUUUCAUUCGAAGUAAGCUGAUUCCAAAAGCAGUUCUUUAUUACACCGGUGACCUGGUAGAGGAUGAAGAGAGUGACGAAGAAGAAGAAUCUGACUCUGGCUCUGGCUGAGAAAGAGGAGACACUCCAACUACCCCACGUUCCUCAGCUCUUCUUAUUAAUGUUAUCAAUAUACAUCGCGAGCCUUAAAGACGAAGAAAACACGCAGGCAAGAAUUAGUCUAUGACUUGGGAAGAUAAAUACAAAGAUCUAAAUUCUG